UCGAGCGGGAACACUCUGGAGAACACGCGUCCGCGUAAUCCUCGUGAUCGAUCGAUCCCCCUCAGGAUUCUCUGCCUGGACACCGACCCUCAGGAUCUCUCCUCUCUUCGAAAGAACGAGAAUUACCUCUUUCUCGCCGUAUUCUCGAGUGUCAGUGAGAGGUGUUUAACGACGAGGCGAGACUCUUUUCAAGGUCACGAGUGUUGCUCCAAAAACUGUGACGUUUUUCUUUUUUCUUUUUCUUUUUUUUUCUCCACUCGCGUGUGAAUCGAGAUCUCUCGACUCUUCCAAUCUUUUCUUCUCGCGGGGAGGAGCGAACUCCUCUCUUCUUCCUUCAAUCCCGUAUAAUUUUUAAAAUUUUCACCCACCGUAAUUCUUCCACUUCCAUUUCUCGAAACUCGCGUUUCAAUAUUUUCUUUCUUCUUUUAUUCGAGGGAGAGAUCCCUAUCGUGAAUCUAUGUAAACAGCCUUGCACUAGUAUUCCGAUUACUCGAUAUCUUCUUGACCGAUAUAACGCUCCCUAUUUGCUCUCGCAACUUAUCAUUCCAACAAAGAGGCUCAGAGUCGAAUUUCUUUCGACUAUAUCGUCUUUCGAUAUUGUAUAUAUUUAUAUUCGUCGCUUUUCUUUUUUCGAUUCUCGAGGAAAAAAAGAAACAACGUUGUUUCGCGCGAUGCUUCCACCGGUGCUCCACUUUUCUCCGAGGGGAGAAAAGAAAAAGGAAAGAAAUACGUAUUAUUAUUAUUAUUAUUAUUAUUAUUAUUCUUUAGAGAGAAGAUCUCGCACAAGCUAUAUAUAUAUAUAUAUAUUUUUGUUUUCUAUUUUUACGGAUCCUCUUUGACAUCGGAGAAGAGGCACACUCGAUCGCGGGAACUCUGGGACGUGUCUUGGAAUGGCUCGAACGAAAGGGAAUAGGGGGAAUCUAUACUUAGCGAGGGCGAUCGUCCAUUACAAAUUUAAAGCGGUUUGAUCCAAUGAAAUUUCCGUGGACAGGCGAUUUCGAGGCGAAUUCUCGUUUUUCAUUUCACAGUUUUUUGGCUGUUGGUCAAGAAAUAAUUGAAUUAAAUCGGAGGUCGCGAUUUAAUUAUUAUUAAAAUUCAUCGCGAACGAAUGGAAGGACAAAUCCUUUGAUCAAGGCGAUGUUUCUCUUUUUUUCCUCAUCUCGAAUGGAAAGGAAAAGAAUCGAACACGGGCAGAUCGAAUUAUACAAUUGGUGAAUCUAUUUCGUGUAUCUGUUUUCAAACAGUUUAUCUCCGAUUUAUUAGCGUCAUUGUUCGCCAAGAAUGUGAAUUAUUUUCGGCUUUCCCAUUAAUCAUCGACGACUUCCUUUCCUUACUUCGAAUCGUAUUUCCUCAAAUUAGGAAAAUUUAUUCUUCCUUGAUAUUUAAAUAUCAAUCUCAAUCUCGCAUCGUACAAACUUCUCUUCUCUAUUUCCAAGAAGGAGAAGAAGAAGGAGAAAAAAAAAUAUGUCGCAACGAUUUCCAUAUCGUGGAAAUAAUAUCGUAUUUCCACGUUAUCGAAAUCCUUCCUCUCCUCGACGUGUCUCCUUUCCCUCCGCUGUUCGAUCUGUUUUUCGCCAUCGAAUCGAGCAGCGUCGAGGAGCACGAGAAAGAGAAAGAGAGAGAGAGAGAUCUAGCGGGUCGUUGCAUCCAAAUUUGGAUCGUCGACGUAGCGACGUCUCGGCGACGGAUCGAAAAGUGGGGACGGGCCGCGUCUAUUUUCGAGCACCGGAUAUUCUAUACCUUUGCUCUCUCUCUCUUUCUCUCUCUCCUGCAUCGAGGGAAAGAGAAAGAGAGAGAGAAAGAGGAGAGAACGUAAAAUUUACGUUCGGAAGGUAGACGGGUGUAGCAGCCAGGUAGCACCACGAUGGCGGACGACGAGGAAAAGAAGAGGAAACAGGCGGAGACGGACAGAAAGAGGGCGGAGGUCCGCGCCCGUCUCGAAGAGGCUUCCAAAGCCAAGAAGGCGAAGAAGGGUUUCAUGACCCCUGACAGGAAGAAGAAGCUUAGGUUGUUGCUGCGUAAGAAAGCCGCCGAGGAAUUGAAGAAGGAACAAGAGAGAAAGGCGGCCGAGAGGAGGCGCAUCAUCGAGGAGCGUUGCGGAAAACCGAAGAACGUCGACGACGCUAGCGAAGAAUCCCUGAAGCGCGUGCUGCGCGAGUACCACAAUAGGAUCACAGCAUUGGAGGAUCAAAAAUUCGACCUCGAAUAUGUUGUUAAGAAGAAGGAUUACGAGAUCGCGGACUUGAACAGCCAGGUGAACGACCUCCGAGGUAAAUUCAUGAAGCCGACAUUGAAGAAAGUGUCCAAGUACGAGAACAAGUUCGCCAAGCUCCAGAAGAAAGCGGCCGAGUUCAACUUCCGUAACCAGCUUAAACAGGUUAAGAAGAAGGAAUUCACCCUCGAGGAGGAAGACAAGGAGAACGCGUCAAAAGAUAAGAAGAAGCCCGACUGGUCGAAGAAAGGCGAGGAAAAGAAGGAGGAACCAGCUCCGCCACCCGAGCCUCCGCAACCAUCACCGACACCCGCACCAUCAGAAACCGCUCCAACGCCAUCGCCAGAACCCCCAACGCCAUCGCCAACGCCGUCGCCGGUACCUCCCGCCGAGCCAGCUCCUCCACCGGAACCUGCUCCACCCGCGGAAGGGGCAGCGCCGCCACCACCCCCAGAAGGUGCACCUGCGGAAGGGGCAGCACCACCGGCGGAAGGGGCGCCACCAGCUGCCCCUGCGGAGGGAGCAGCGCCACCAGCGGAGGGCGCGCCGGCCGCACCUCCCGCCGAAGGGGCACCUCCCGCUGAAAGCGCGCCCCCUGCCGAGGGUGCGCCUCCUGCCGAGGGCGCACCGCCACCGGCGGAGGGGGCACCGCCAGCGGAAGGUGCGCCACCUGCGGAAGGUGCGCCGCCCGCGGAAGGCGCACCACCACCGACAGAAGGCGCGCCAGCAGCAGCGGCACCAGCAGCGGAAGGUGCACCGGCACCGCCACCACCAGCGGAAGGAACCCCGGCACCACCUCCGGCCGAAGGUGCACCGCCUCCUGCGGAGGCAGCGCCACCUGCAGCGCCAGCCGAGGCUGCCCCAGCUGCGCCCCCAGCGGAAGCUGCGCCGGCACCCCCGCCAGCUGAAGCUAAGGUAAUAUUACUUUUGAAAGUUACACUGAACGUCAGCCCCGUCGUUCGUCCAGUAAUUCGUGGUUCGAAGUUCAUCACAUACGCACCGGCAUCGUAACUUCGUCAAAGUUGAAACGGACGAAUGGUCACCUCGCCACACGAUUACCGUUCGUUGCAUCGUCCGAAUUUGCAUGAAACGUACACGGAUAAGCUAGAGUACGGAUAUUAAACACAGAUAUGCGUCGAGCCGUAUCGUACUCGACGCAUGAUGGUUCAUGCGUUGCCUUGUCAUCGUCGUCAUCACCGUCAUCAUCAUCGUCAUCGUCGUAACCAUUAUUUUCGUCCCGUAUACGCGUCACUUUCAACGUCACGGUAUUCGUCAGUCAUGCGUAUCUCGAAGAAUGAAAGCUAAGCAGAGCGAGAAAGAUAACAAUGUUGUGGAUCGAGGGGGAGGGGAGGAAAGAAGAAAGAAAAAAGGGAUGUUUGUCAUUGACGUGUUCUUUUUCUUUUUUUUUUUUUUUUUUCUUCUGCAAAGUCAAUCGAGAGAAUCGUCACGGGGUGCCUGGAAAAUUUUCCACUCUUGUUUCACCUAAUUAUAGGAGGGAAAUAAAUAAACCGUGUUGUUGUAAGGGGUCAUAAGCCCGUUAGUCAGGCUCACGUUCCUACUAUGAAUUUUCUAUCGAUUGAAAUCGAACGAAAACUAAAACGAGAUAAAUAUAUGCAGUUAUAUAUCGCGAUAUUUUUAUGUAAAUAAUAUAAUAUAAUAAUACGACGCGUUUUAUCGAAGAUUAAUGCAAAUGUUUUAUCAACACUUCCUUACACGAGUUGAUUGGAUUUCGUAAUAAAAAAUCUUUUUUCUGCGAUCA